UAAUCAUGUAAUAUUUAGUAAUCAUGUAAUAUUAGUAAUCAUGUAAUAUUAGUAAUCAUGUAAUAUUAGUAAUCACAUUCUGUUGUAGCUGGAGUAUCUCCAGUAGAUGUUUGUAGUGUAGCAAUUGUGAUUUGUGGCCGACCCGGCCAGGAGUGUAUGUCGUGUGGUCAUUCUCUCGUGCUUUCUUCUCUUUCCCCCCUCGCAGAGUGAUCUUCACGUCCAUCUAUACGUUUGAGAGUGCAAUCAAAGUAACGGCUAGAGGGUUUAUCUUGCAGAAGUUCACGUAUCUCAGAGACGCCUGGAAUUGGUUGGAUUUCAUUGUCAUAGCCUUAGCAUACCUGACGAUGGGGGUGGACCUGGGGAACCUCGCCGCUUUGAGGACCUUCCGGGUGCUCAGGGCCCUCAAGACCGUCGCCAUCGUUCCUGGCCUGAAGACCAUCGUCGGAGCGGUGAUCGAGUCCGUGAAGAACCUGCGCGACGUGAUCAUCCUCACCAUGUUCUCCCUGUCCGUCUUUGCCCUGCUGGGUCUCCAGCUCUACAUGGGGAUGCUCACGCAGAAGUGCAUCCUCAACAUGGAGAACGAGAAUGCCACUGAUGAUGAGUGGUUCCGGCACUGCUCCAAUGAA